CAGUGUGUUCAGCAUCAUCCUUCACAACUUUUCAUUUAAUUCCAAUCACUCAAAUGGCAACCUUUUAUCAUGAUCAGGAUCCUUCUUUUGUUCUUGGCUCGUUUCCCUGGCAAAAUUCCUCGAACAACAUGUGUAGCUUCAUUCAGGAAGGCGCCACUAAUAGCUCUUUUUCUGAAAUAAUGCUGCCUGACAAUGAUCAUGAAUAUCUUCAGGAGAUUCCUUUGCAUGCUCAAAUUUAUGAAACUACUACCCCUCUUUAUGAAAAAUGCAUGCCCUUUUCGUGUAUUUCUGAUCCUUCUUUGUCAACAGUAGUUGUGAAACCUGAUUCAAAUUCGUCAUCCAUGGUGGUUCACCAGCCACUUAGUCAGUGUGUUGAUCAGGUUACUCAAGCAGAGAAACAAAACCCAAUGGAGGAUAAGAGAAAGAAGAUGAAAGGAAAGGCUGAGGAGAGAACCAAACGUGUUGCAAAGAAACAGAAGAAAGCUGCUGAAGAAGCUCCAAGGGGUUAUGUUCAUGUGAGAGCAAGGAGAGGUGAAGCCACUGACAGUCAUAGCUUAGCUGAGAGGGCAAGGAGAGAGAAAAUCAAAGCAAGGAUGACUCUAUUGCGAUCACUUGUUCCAGGAUGUGACAAGAUGGUUGGAAAGGCUCUCAUCCUGGAUCGAAUAAUCAAAUAUGUCCAAAUCCUACAGACACAAGUGGAGGUCCUUGCAGCCAAACUUGCUUCUGUAAAUCCCGUUUGCAUUAAUGACUUUGAAGUCGACUCAAACACACUUGCCCAGGAGAAGACCUGCAACUUGGAUGUUCAAAUCCCACUUGUGCUAGAAUCCAACUCCCCCCAGCUCACAUCUUUCCUGGCCGAGAGUUGUACACUUACUGGACCAAAUUUCCUGUUGCCUAAUCAGGAGCAAACUUUGAUGAUCAAUGAAUUUCAGGAUAAUACCAAUCAGUUGUGGACCACGGAUGAACAAAAUUUCAGGAUAAUUUGAGCUCUUUUUAAUGGCAAAUUAAAGUGAAUAAAAAAAAAUUCAUAAUUUCCUACCUAUAUACAUCUUACCAUAUUUCAAUUGGCUUCUAUUCGCAGGCAACUUUAUCAACCAAAUUUAGAGAAGCAUCAGAGAUCAUCCUGAAACAAAAUUUGAAGGGUCACGAUCUCUGCUUUCUCCAUCAAAGGAUUAAUUAUGAUUUCUCUAUGUAGCCAUCAUGUGCUGCAAUGUAAUUGUCAUAUUAUUCUUGCAUUUCUUGCUGUGCGCUUUGGAUACUACGACUGCUCUGUUUGUUGACUUAUACUCCACUUUUCCUAAUGAAUUUUUGAAGGCUUUAUAUA